UGGGGCCGCGCAAGGCGGGCUCCGGUGAGGCGGGGCGGGGGGCGGUUGGCAGCGGUUUCAGCUCGUCCCUCAGCUGGGAGAUGCGGUUGCGUUUCCCUGACGGUUCCUCUCGGGAAGUGCCCCCUGCCCGCAGACACCCGGUCCCGCCAGGCUCGGCGGUGUCGGGUAGCGAGGGGCUGGGAAGGCGGGCCUAGAAAACUUGCUCCAGCGAAGCAAAACAACGCACGCUUUCUGCCUCUUACUUUUUUUUUUUUUUUGAAAAAAAUCCCGUCACUGUCAAUACCCUAAUUUAGAGGGGACUGACUCAUCAUUUCUAAACGCUCAGACUUGCUGGUACAGUCGUUGUUUAUUGAGGCACUGAUGUUCUGCUUCUUCUUGUAGGGAACAGAGGGCGCAAUGGCCUGACUAAGGACCUCAGCAUCUUAACCCCACUCCUAUGUUAGGUUUGAUAUACUUCGAAGGAUAAUGACUAGGUUUUUUGGAAUUGAAGUUAUCAUGGUGAUGGGGAUCACAGACAUAGAUGACAAGAUAAUAAGAAGAGCCAAUGAGAUGAAUAUAUCCCCAGUAGCUCUUGCUCGUAUUUAUGAAGAAGACUUUAAAGAAGAUAUGGCUGCCUUAAAGGUCCUUCCUCCUACAGUAUAUAUGAGAGUGACUGACAAUAUUCCUCAGAUAAUUUCCUUUAUAAAAACAAUAAUUGCUAAUGGACAAGCUUACGCAACCUCACAAGGCAAUGUUUAUUUUGAUGUUAAGUCUUGGGGAAGAAGAUAUGGAGUACUAACUACUAUUUAUCCUGAUACCCAAGACAAAGCAGUUGAUACUGAUAAACGGCAUGGUAAAGAUUUUGCCCUGUGGAAGGCUGCCAAACCUGAAGAGUUAUCUUGGACUUCUCCCUGGGGAAAAGGAAGACCUGGAUGGCACAUUGAGUGUUCCACAAUAUCAAGUGCAGUGUUUGGAAAGCAGCUGGACAUCCAUACGGGUGGAAUAGAUCUUGCAUUUCCUCAUCACGAAAACGAAAUUGCACAGUGCGAGGUGUAUCAUCAGUGUGAGCAAUGGGGGAAUUACUUUCUGCAUUCUGGGCAUUUGCGUGUUAAAGGAAGUCAAGAAAAAAUGUCCAAGUCAUUAAAAAACUACAUAACAAUUAAGGAUUUCCUGGAGAAAUUUUCAUCGGAUCAAUUCAGGAUGUUUUGUUUGCGCAGCAGAUACAGCUCAGCAGUAGAAUUUAGUGAUGAAAGCAUGGAUGAUGCAAAACACAUUCUUCACGCAAUCUCCUCAUUUAUUAAAGAUGCGAAUGCUUAUAUAAAAGGACAGCUGGAAUGUGACUCUGUUAGAGAAGACGUACUGUGGGAAAGGCUAGCCAACACAAAAGUAACCGUGAAGGCUGCGUUUGCAGAUGACUUUGACACCUCCAGGGCUGUUGCAGCAAUUAUGGACCUCGUUCACCAUGGCAACAGACAGCUUAAGGCUGUUACUAAGGAUGCUGGAUCUCCUAGAAGCUCUGUUGUGUAUGGAAGCAUUAUUUCCUAUAUAGAAGGCUUUUUUAAUGCCCUUGGGAUGUCCUUUGGAGAAAGGCAGGUGGCUCUGAGAGGAGACAAUUCUGCUGUGCUCUCCAACGUCAUUGAGGAGCUUGUAAGGUUCCGGGCGAAGGUCCGUCACUACGCGCUCGCUCUGCCGGAAGCAGCAGACGCUGUGCCCACCGAGGGGGCCGCAGGGGCCGCAGGACCGACACGAGAACAGAAGGAGAAGAGGCAGCAGUUAAUGCAGGAGAGAAAACCCCUCCUGGAGGCUUGUGACAGUCUGCGGGGAGACCUCGCUGCUUUUGGAAUCCACAUAAAGGACAGAGCUGCUGUUUCAACCUGGGAAAUUGAGGAAGGAGGACCAGCAGAGCUGCAAACCGAGAAAAAAAGCUGAUGCUUCCUUCUUGGACUUGCUUUUUUAUUUCGGCUGCUUCGGCAACAGGUGUAAAUACUAGUACUUUCCCAAUAAAAUCUUUGGAACAGAA